AUCAGUCCAAGAUGGCGGCGGCGACUUCAGUUUUUCACAGAGUCAGAACAGGCUCCAAAAUAAACGCCCAGUACGAUCAGGAUGGAAAUAUUAUCCAGGUGGAGACGCGAGAGGACGAGGAGCAGAGCGUCAAACUGGCUGAGAUCCUCGAGCUGCUGCUGGCGGCCGGGUAUUUCAGAGCCAGAAUUAAAGGACUGUCCCCGUUCGAUAAGGUGGUCGGGGGAAUGACCUGGUGCAUCACGACCUGUAACUUCGACGUUGAUGUGGAUUUGCUCUUCCAGGAAAAUUCAACUAUCGGCCAAAAGAUAGCCCUCACAGAGAAAAUCGUGUCCGUUUUGCCCAAAAUGAAGUGUCCGCACCGGCUGGAACCGCAUCAGAUCCAAGGCCUGGACUUUAUCCACAUUUACCCCGUCAUACAAUGGCUGGUGAAACGUGCCAUAGAGACUCGAGAGGAGAUGGGCGACUACGUGAGGGCCUAUUCCAUUUCACAGUUCAACAAAACACACAAACUCCCAGAGGAUGUAGAGUUCGAGAAAAGAAAAGGCAAAGCUGUGAAGACGGUUCUGGAAGUUUUGGACGUGUACAAACCUCAGAGAAAGUACAGGAGGCAAAGAGACGCAGCUGAUCUGACCGAUGAGGAGUCCAGGGUCCACUCCACUCUGCUGGAAUACGGCAGGAGGUACGGAUUCAGCAAACAGACAAAACAAGACAAAGUGGACGUCAGAAGUCGGUGGCAGGUGUCCCGUCAGGAGCAGACGGGUCGGAGGAGCUGGACCUGCAGGAGGUGGAGGAGAUGCGGAUCAAAACCCUUAAUGACCAACAUGUCUGCCAUGGCGAUCGAGGAGGGGAGGCUGACGGCCAGUGCAGUGGGGCAGAUAGUGGGACUCCAGUCUGAGGAGAUCAAGCAGAUCGCCUCCGAGUACAAGGAGAAGCAGAGUGAGCUGUCGUCAGAGGAGCUCUCGGAGAGGUACGGGCCCCUGCAGCAGCAGCGCAGAGCGGUGACCUCUCUGCACAAACAGAUCCAACAGAGGAGCAAGGCCCUGGAGGAGCUGCAAGCCAAACAUGAAGAGGUGAAAGCCAGCUGUGAGGAGGCCAAGAGAAGACUUACUGAGGUGUCAGAGGAGUCUUCACGUCUGGAGAAGGAGCUGCAGACGCUGGAGGAGACGGAGACGAGCGCUGACCCCACAGUCCUGGACAAACUGCGAUCACUGGUCACCAUGAACGACAGCCUCAAACAGCAGGAGCACGAGUUUAAGACGCACUGCAGGGAGGAGAUGACUCGUCUGCAGGAGGACAUCGAGAAGUUGAAAACGGCAUCCGGCCAGGACAAUGAAGAAGAGAAGGAGAGGAACCAGCUGAUAGACCAACAGUACAGCGCCGAGAGAGAGAAACUGCAGAAGAUCCGACUGCUCAUGGCGCGCAGGAACAGAGAGAUCGCCAUCCUCCAGAGGAAGAUCGACGAAGUGCCCAGUCGCGCCGAGCUCACCCAGUACCAGAAGAGGUUCAUCGAGCUGUACAGCCAAGUGUCUGCCACUCACAAGGAGACAAAGCAGUUCUUCACGUUGUACAACACACUGGACGAUAAGAAGCUGUACCUGGAGAAGGAGGCCAAUCUGCUCAACUCCAUCCACGACAACUUCCAGCAGGCGAUGUCGUCAGCGGGAGCCAAGGAGCAGUUCCUCAGACAGAUGGAGCAGAUCGUGGAGGGCAUCAGACAGAGCAGGAUAAAGAUGGAGAAGAAGAAGCAGGAGAACAAGAUGAGGAGAGACCAACUGAACGAUGAGUACCUGGAGCUGUUGGAUAAACAGCGUCUCUACUUCAAGACCGUCAAAGAUUUUAAAGAGGAGUGCCGUAAGAACGAGAUGCUGCUGUCCAAGCUGCAGAGUAAAGGUGCCUCCUGAUGUUCUCCUCCUCUCCCUCACGCGCUCAAGAAUGUACUGUCUACUUGAACAUUCCUGUCCACACAAACACCUGUGCCAAACCUCCCAGAGAGCGGCCUUAACCACAGCCUGGCUACACCACAUCUCCACCGCAUCUCCACCGCAUCUCCACCGCAUCUCCACCGCAUCUCCACCGCAUCUCCACCGCAUCUCCAUCACAUCUCCGUCACGUUUCUGUCACAUCUCCACCGCAUCUCCACAACAUCUUCGUCACAUCUCCACAACAUCUCGGUUAUGUCUCCACAACAUCUCGGUUAUGUCUCCACAACAUCUCGGUUAUGUCUCCACCACAUCUCCACCACAUCUCCGUCACGUUUCUGUCACAUCUCCACCGCAUCUUCACAACGUCUCCGUCACGUCUCCACAACAUCUUCGUCACAUCUCCACAACAUCUCGGUUAUGUCUCCACAACAUCUCCGUUAUGUCUCCACAACAUCUCCACACAUCUCCACCACAUCUCCACCACAU